GCAGUAGGAGCGCGUGCAGUCAGUCCCAGGGGACGAUGAAUAUGCGGAGGUAGACUACGUUUUACUCACUCUCCCUUCAAGUGGGUUUGAGGUUUUCGUACCAUUUUUUAAGUGCAAGUAGGAGGUGAUGUUAAGCUUCUGGCGCGCACACAGAUGUGUUUCUAAAAGCCUACACUGCGGUAGAAUGAGCGACUCAUUUACGACCUUCUACUAUGACGGAAACUUAAAUUCAGCUGAAUGACUUUAUGGAUUAGCGCGUGCUGGGGAGGACUGGCUAUGUAACUGACACGGGGAUUAAUCAAGCUCGUCCAAACCGCAUCCAUCCAUCUGGAAGGAACGUUAGUCUCUGCAGACUCCGUUCUUCUCCAUUCAUCCGUUACUAUGUAAGACAAUGGUACCAGUUCCUCUGCAAAAACACGCGCGGUUGCUUAGUUUCUGAUGCUUGGCUGUGAAACAAUCAGUCGAUCAGCACCAAAACCCGGUUUUCUCCAUUUCAUAUGGGCGAAGACGAAGAGUGCUCCAGCGCCCCUUCACGCCGCGGAGGAAAUGCAGAGAACGGAAAGAGCGGAGCCGCUCUGGACCCAGAAAGAGAAAAGAGGUAUGCGGAGCUGUUCGAGCAACUGGACUUGAAUAAAGAUGGCAGGGUUGACAUCAAUGAACUGAAGACCGGGCUGGCAACUCGUGGUUUACAACUCCGAGAGGCUGAGAAGAUAGUCCUUGAGAGCGACACCAACCAUGAUGGUCUGCUGGAUUUCCAGGAGUUUUCUCAGUACCUCCAGACUCACGAGAAAAGACUCUGGCUCAUGUUCCACAGACUGGACCACAACAAUGACGGGCAAAUUGAUGUGGGGGAGAUCCAGCACUCACUACAAAAGCUUGGAGUGGAGGUUACCAUGGAACAGGCCUCCAAAAUACUGCAGAGUAUGGACAGAGAUGGGACUAUGACUAUUGACUGGAAUGAAUGGCGUGAUCACUUCCUGUUCAACCCUUUGCACAACAUGGAGGAAAUUGUCCACCACUGGAAGCACUCCCAUAUGUUUGACAUCGGGGAACACCUGACAGUGCCUGAUGAGUUUUCAGAGCGGGAGCGGCAAUCAGGUUUGGUAUGGAGGCAGCUGGUUGCUGGAGCCAUGGCAGGGGCAGUGUCCCGGACAGGAACUGCUCCACUGGACCGUCUCAAGGUCUUCCUGCAAGUACAUGGCUCCACAGCUCGAGAGAUUAAUCUGUGGUUUGGCCUGAGGGGGAUGAUCCAGGAGGGAGGUGUGCUUUCACUCUGGAGGGGAAAUGGUAUCAACGUCCUCAAAAUUGCCCCUGAAUCUGCCAUUAAGUUUAUGGCCUACGAACAGAUCAAGUGGCUGAUCCGAGGUAAUAAAGAGGGGGGCAGUUUAAGGGUACAAGAGAGGUUCAUUGCUGGGUCGCUUGCAGGAGCUACUGCCCAGACUAUCAUCUAUCCCAUGGAGGUGCUGAAAACUCGCCUUACAUUAAGGAAGACCGGACAGUACUCAGGUAUGGCUGACUGUGCCAGACAGAUUCUGAAGACUGAGGGUAUCCGAGCAUUCUACAGAGGAUACCUGCCCAAUACAAUGGGCAUCAUUCCAUAUGCUGGCAUUGACUUGGCUGUGUAUGAGACCCUGAAGAAUGCCUGGCUCCAGAGGUACUGUGUCAACUCAGCAGACCCAGGAGUUUUGGUCCUGCUGGGCUGUGGUACUGUCUCCAGCACCUGUGGCCAGCUAGCGUCAUAUCCCCUCGCUCUCAUCCGGACUCGCAUGCAGGCACAGGCCAUUACUGAGGGUAAACCCAAGCUGACCAUGGUGGGUCAGUUCAAAUACAUCAUAUCUCAUGAAGGUGUGCCAGGUCUGUACCGAGGCAUCACGCCCAACUUCCUCAAAGUUAUUCCUGCUGUCAGCAUCUCCUAUGUGGUCUACGAGCACAUGAAGAAGGUCCUUGGAGUGGUUUACUAGACUGAUGCGACAAACACAAAGAACUGUGGAGGCAGAAACACAUUUUGCUUGUUAGAAGAAGCAGAAGUGGAGAAUUAAGCUUCUCGGGCCUAUGAAGAGAGAAGAUGAAGGAUCAGUGCACCAAUGCCAUAAAACAUCUGUGGACACCAUCAACUUCCAACCUUUUUAAAGUGCAGGUACUAGGUCAGCAGGAUACAUUUAUUGAUCUUGGAGAGGAGAAUGAAGCUAAUGAUGCCCACUCUAACACUAUUAUGUUAUGCUUGAGGAAUCAUCAAAAAGUUCUUAGGAAUGAAAAUUCUUACCCUAUUCUCCUCACCCUUAUCCAGAUGGACUCACUUGCGGCUGCUAUUUUUUGUGUUCUCCUUCUCCAUCCAAUGUCUCAGCACAUUUCAGUAGAACUCCACGUUUACAUUGUCAUAAAUUUAUAGUGCACAGUACAUGUCACAAAAAAAGGACAAGGAUUCUCCUGAUCUUGUUUCUCACUUUGUUCCAUGGCCCUUUUUUCCAGAAUGUUUGGAUAACAUCUCACACAAGCAAGAGUUGAAUCUCAGAUUUUUUGUCCUGUAAGCAACAUUUUGGGUUGGUUUAAAGGUGUCAAUAUGUAGUAUAUCAAUAUCUGAUAAUGAUUUAGGAAAGACAUGCAACUUGUGGGGAUAGGUUAAUUGGAUAAUCCAAAUUGCCACUAGGUGUGAAUGUGCGAGUGAAUGUGAGUGC